AUGCAACUUUCAUUGAUAUUGGCUUUUGCUACGGCAACUUCAGCAGCAUGCAAUGGUCAUGAUGAACUUUGCAGGCGUAAAUAUUCGGAUAUCACUUUCAUUGGGACGCACAACAGCGCUUUUGUUGGAAAGCUUCCAGUUCACAACCAAUACAUCUCAGUCGCAGAACAACUCGACUUAGGCGUACGAUCCUUACAGGCUCAGACACAAGACAAGGAUGGCGAUAUACAGAUGUGCCACACUCACUGCUGGGAAUUGGACGCUGGGCUAUUGCAGGACUAUCUAGAAGAGAUAUCAGAAUGGGUCGGAAAAAACCCAGAUGAGGUCGUGACGAUAUUGCUGACGAACAUUGACGCCCUACCGAUCGAAAAGUUCGAUGAAGCUUUCAGCAGUGCAGGGUUAAAAGACCUUGUAUUUCGUCCCAAGACGAAGCUUUCCCGAGACGAGUGGCCAACUCUGCAAAAGCUUCUUGAGGAUAGAACUCAACUUGUUGUGUUUAUGGAUUACAACAUGGACGAGGGCAGAGUCGACUACAUACUUGAUGAGUUCGACUAUUUCUGGGAGACCCCAUUCGGUGAAUCUAACUCCUCGUUUCCAACCUGUGAGGUUGACCGGCCGGAAAAGGGGGAUCCAACCCAACUCAUGGGGAUCAUGAAUCAUAUGUUGAACUACGACGUCCUGGGCAUUGUCAUCCCAAAUCAAGCCGAUGCAAAAAAGACGCAAUUCAGAGUAUUCUAUCCAAAAACAGAUAGGCCUUUGCGAGGACAACUGGGGCAGGCGACCGAAUGUCGUUCUUCUGGAUUGGGUUAA